UGCUGACUUUAAUGGCUCCAUUGGAGGACGCACGCAGAGCAAGGAGUGUCGGGUGUACAGUAGAAUGUUUUUGAGGGGAAGUGAGGACGUCCACUACAGCUUCCCGUGGCUGAUGUAACCCCCCCAAGGACCCUCGUGGAGGACGUUUCUGUGUGGAGUGCCGGACGGGUGGUUAAGAAAGAAAGUGGCAUAAUUCUUGGCUCCAUCGAUUUCCCCCCAAGAAGGGUCCAGUGGCAUCCUGCCCUGCCCUGCAGAUGGUGCUCAGCCUGGCCAUGGACUCCAGAGAGGAUGGGGACAGCUGGAUGGAGGAACAGUGGGAGAAAUGGUUAACCCAUGACAUCAGUCUGAAUGAAUACGAGGAUGACGACCUGUCAGAAAUGACAGAAAUCAUGGAUGAGAAUGGAAUCACUCUCAGCCAGCUCGACCUCGACCCUAAAGAUCACAUGUUUCAGCCGACCAAUGGUACGCCGAGGAGCAGCCGGAGGAGGAGGGUGGUGGAGCUGCAGACGGAGAUGCUCCACUUGGACCUGACUGAUGCAGAGGGAGGAAUCUUGGAAGAAGAGGAGAACGAGAGGCCGCCGGUUGAUGCCGUCGAUGACAACCACAAGGAAGAGCAGGGCGCAGGGCCGCCUGUCACUCAGCCUCAGCUAAAGGAUUUAAUCCCUGCCGUCGCCAUGGAUACAUACCGGCCCAAGAGACCCACCACCCUGAAUCUUUUCCCCCAAGUGCCAAGGACUCAGGACACAAUAAAUAACAAUUCCUUUGGUGAGAAAGAGCGGAGGAAAGAAAAGAAAACCCAUUCUUCAUCACCACACAUUAAGGUUUACAGGUUUAUUCCUCACCAUGAUGAUGAGUUGGAGUUGGAGGCAGAUGACCCCUUACUGGUUGAGGUGCAGGCCGAGGAUCUAUGGUGCGAGGCCUACAACAUGCGCACUGGAUCCAAAGGCAUCUUCCCUGCAUUUUAUGCCGUCAAGGUGACAAAGGAUGAACUUGUUAAAGAGGUCAAAAGUGACUGGAUGGACAAAUUCUGGGUAAAAUUCCUUGGUUCUGUUCAAGUUCCGUAUCACAAAGGGAAUGAUGUGCUUUGUGCCGCCAUGCACAAGAUAGCAUCAAACAGACGAACAACAAUGCGGUUCAACCCCCCUUCGCCUUGCAUUCUGGAAAUCAACACACAAGGAUUGAAAAUCAUCGUUCAGGAUGACUGUCGGACUUCUGGAAGGGUUUGUAUACUGUAUUUUGGAGUAAUAACGAAACAUCCAGCAUACCAGAGAUUCGCCUGUCAUGUGUUCUUUUCAGAUGAUACAACCACAAAACUGGCUGAAUCUGUUGGGAAAGCUUUUCAGCAGUUCUACAAAGAACAUAUGGAAUAUUCCUGUCCGACAGAAGACAUCUUCCUCGAAUGACCUUCAGUCUAUUUGUAUUUUUCCAUUAUCACAUACUAUAUGAGGUGUCGCAUGAUGGUGGUUUUGAGCCUCUUUGUACCGUGUUAUGUUGAUGAUAUAAUGUUGAUGAUGUCUAUUUUAGACAAAUGUUAAAAUCGAAACAGAUAUCAGCUACAGCGCAACUACUUUCACAUAGUACAACUUGAGUAUUACUGACUGGUGUAAAGCCUUAUGAAGUUUAAUAACAAAAAAAAAAGUUUAAUGUGACUUGUAUAAAUCAUUUGUGCGAAGUCUGGUUUUGAAUUCAUUCGAAGCACAAUGUCUGAUGCAUUAAUGAUGGAUGAAACAUCACAAGGAGAUCUUAAAACAACUGUAUGUCAAAAAAAAUUUUACCUUGAAAUAUCAAGUUUCAAAAUCAUUCUGAUUAUUCACUUAAUCUGAGUCGAAUGGUUUCUGUUUUUUUUCCCGCGCUCCUCCACAAAUGCCUGGGAGUGUGUGAGUUUGGUGAGCGGCUACGAAAUAUCGCGAAAAGGGCAGAUUGCUUUACGGCAGCAACAAAUGCACGUGUACUGUUAACUGUAACUACGACAGCGAAUUCCACUCUUUUAAAUGUAGGGGGCUUCAAAGUCGCAAAAAUACACAUACGGUUGCUUUAAAGCUAGACUGGAUCCAAAAUCAAAGAUUAUCUGAAACCAAAGCUAUAUUGGGCCAUGUCCUUCUUCACUCAGAAUGGAUGUGAACUGUGUAAUUGAAUUCAGCCCAGUUUGUCCAUCUGGUGUCCCACUAUGCGAAACCCCAGGUUGAAGACCACUUUCCAACGUUUCUCACAUUGUUUUGAAAGGGUGGUUAGCACCGCUUUGAACCGAAGGUUAUGAACCCCUGAUCCAGAGCAUUGCAGUGCCACAAUUUCAAGUGUUGUAUGUUAAAUAGGGUAAUUGCUGCCGUUUUUCUUCAGUCAGUUGAGCACUACAAAGUCUCACAAAUACAAUAUGGCAUCCAUGCUCACGUCUGUGAAUGCUUUUUCUUUUUGGUUCUCGUAUUUAAUGUUUAUGUGUGUUUAUAUUCCCAUAUGUUGCUCUGUUAAACAGAACGUAGUGUGGGCUUAUUCGCAUUCUGCUUCAAUCUCGGUAUCCCUGACGUAUGUAGCUGUGAAAACCAAAUAAUUAUAUUUUCUUUUUAUAUAUUAUAUAU